AAUGAUGAUAUAGAGAAUGAGAAACGUGACAUAAGUAGGAAGCGAAAAGUGACUGAAGAGACUCAUGAGGCAUUUUUAGCGAUCAAAAUAAGAAAUACUAAUGAAGAACGUGAAGCACGUCUGAUGGCUGAAGAGGGAACUCAACGUGCUUAUGUACAUAAAAAAUAUCUACUAAGAAAAGCUAAAGAAACUUCUCAAUAA